AUGGACUCGCUGGUCGCUGACACUGACAUGCUUGUUGUUGGUGCGCCCGACGUCGACGCUGUCUUCCUCUAUCCGCUGACUGACGGCGCUGCCUCGCCCCUCGUCCAGCCUGCUUCACUCUCGGGGCCGCCCGCCUCGGGCUUUGGCUCCUCCGCCGUUCUCGGCUCAGCCAUGAUCGCUAUUGGAGCGCCGAACGGAUCGCCAUCCCAUAUAGGCGGUGAGGUGCACGUCUAUGCCCGCACUGGCGCUGUGGCUGGUGUGUUUCUCGGAAUCGUUGCGCCCGACGAGGCCUAUGUCGGCCUUGUCGGCAUCGCCGGCCUCGAGUUUGGCGCCAGCCUCGCCUGGUCUGAGCCCAUUGGUAUGCUUGCUAUUGGCUUACCGGGCUACAACCCGGGCAGCACGCCCGGUGCUGGCGGCGUGGUCGUCGUAUCGUCGGCGGCCGGUCCAGGCGGCUCGUGGGCGCCGGCAAGCGUCGUCGCCUCGCCCGUCCUGGUUGCUCCGUCCUCUGCCAGUCGCACCGGUGGCCGAACCGGCGCCGCCGUGGCUUGGCUCAGCUCUGCUGGCCGCGCAGUGGUAUUUGUGGGUGAGCCGGGUGACGGCGCUGGUGCGCUGCCGACCAACGCCGGGCGGGUGCACGCAUUCUUUGCCAACAACCCGGCGAGCGCGGCCGCCUUUUCGCAGCCGGCUUAUCUUGCCGCCUUUUCGCCGCCGACGUACUCAACUAGGUGCCGCAUUGCCACCGCGCCGUCAACCGCCGGCUCACGGUUUGGGGCGUCACUUGCCGCCGGCCCGAGUGGCGUCCUGGUGGUUGGCUCGCCCGGCGUUGCGACCACAUGCGUCUUUCGACCGGCUUCCGACCCUGCGUCAUCGCCGUUUGCCAGUAUGGUCGAUGUCUCCUCCCUCGAGCUUCCGUCGGGGGCACCAGGCGACGCCAGCUCAACGUUUGGCGCGGCUGGCCUGCUCGCCCGCAAAGACGUGGUCUUUGUGGGAACACCGUCGGCGACUCGGACCGCGCCGACGGUCGCUGCGGCAGCGGGCAUGGUAUUUGCCUAUCACAUCCCGGGUAUGACCGACUACGACGCAGCUUUGCCUGUCACGGCGACCGUGCUCGAGAUUCUUGCGCCGGUAGGGGCCAGCGCACCGAGCGCCAGCUUCGGCGCUGCGCUCGCGUCUGGCCCGCUGGCAGCCUCCCACAUGUACGUCAGUGCGCCGGGUCUCCCCUCAAUGGCCAACGAGGCAAACUCGGGUGGCGUCCUUCCUGUGCGGACGCGCUACUGCCUCGCCGGCCAGUACGUGACCGACACGGAGUGUCUGCCGUGCCCGGCUGGUGACUUCCGGCCAUCACUCAGCUACGCGGGAACGUGUCUCCCGUGUCCGAUCGGGUCGUACGCCAACGCCGCAUCCGGAGCAACUAGAUGUGAAGAGUGUCCGCGGGGCACGUUCCGUGACACCGCCGGUGGCGCUCUCGUCGACGCGUGCACACCGUGCCCGCUGGGCAUGUAUGUCAACGCCACCGGCGAGGCCUCAUGUCUCCUCUGUCAGUCGGGCAGCUACGCCGACACCGAGGGCUCGUCGACUUGCGCCGCGUGUCCGGUCGGCGGCGAUUGUCGGGCCCUCGGUGUCGGCAUUCCGCAAGCACUACCGGGCUACUGGCGCGACACAAGCGCGUCCGGCUACGUCUUUACCCAGUGCCAGGCACCAAGCUCGCGAUGUGCCGGGCGCAACCAGUGUGCGGCCAACUGGGUCAAUCCGCCGCUCUGCUCCGACUGCGCACAGGGCUACUUUCUCAAGCAGGACUACACCAGUGACCCGCAGUGUGCCAAGUGUCCCAAGUUUAUCAUGGCCUACGUCGCCGGCAUCAUCAUCAUUGUCCUGAGCGUCUCGGUGACGCUGGUUAACCUCGCGCGGAGCGCCACCGUCUUUAUGACCUCGAUCGGAGUCGGGCUGAACUUUAUCCAGAUUGCAGCCGUGCUCUCGACCUUUGACGCCGGCUGGCCGCAGCAGACCCAGAAGUCGCUCAACUAUCUCACGCUCUUCAACCUCAACCUCGAGCUCUUUUCCAUCGAGUGCGUGCAGUCGACCGGACUCUCGGUCGCUGGCAAGCUGAUGGUCAAGCUCGCGCUCCCGCUCCUCUUCCUCUUGAUAUUUCUCAUCAUGUACUGUGUGGUCAAGAUCUUCUACAAGUGCCGGCUCUCGUCGGUUGCCGAGGGCUCGGGGACGCAGUCUGUGGCGAGCGGGGCGCACACGGUGGCGGUUGCAUCAACCUCGCAGUUCCGCUCGCGCUCGCUGCUGAAGAAUGCCAAGACGUGGGAAUGGGCGGUGGUCAACGCUUCGCUCUCGAUGCUCAACCUCAUCUACAUCUCAAUUACGCUGACGUGCAUGGAGGUGUUUGACUGCGAGGACGAAGACGGUGACGGAGUCUUCCGCAUGCGGUCACAGCCAGACGUCAACUGCUACACCGCUCAGUGGCGCAAGAUCCGGCUGUACGCCCUUGUCGGCGGCGGGGUGUACGGUCUCGGCAUCCCGAUGCUCUUCUUCUUCCUUCUCAAGUCGCGGUCAUCCAAGCUCCACCGGCGGUCGGCUGUGCUCCAGCUCGGUCUCCUCUACCGCAAGUACACCAAGUACUCGUACUUGUGGGAGCUGGUCAUUAUUCUCCGCAAGAUUGUGGUUGUCGGCGUCAAGCUCUUCUCCUCGCAAUUUUCCGAGGUGACCCGCAUGCAGAUUGUGUUUCUGGCCAUGACAUUCUUCUUCCUCCUCCAGUGGGUGCUCAAGCCGUAUCAGUCCCGGCGGGCAAACCGGCUGGAGCUCUUUACGCUCUUUUGCGUCAUCGGCGUCCUCCUCUGUGGCCUCUUCUUCCAAAAGGCGCUCGGGAUGACGCCGUCGACAACGGAGCGGUUUCUGGUCGGCUACGUGGUGCUCGGCAUUGUUGGUGCCGCGCUGAUCGCCAUUGGCUUUGUCAUUGGAUACGACUUCCGCAACGCGCGGCGGAUGAAGAAGCGCGGCAUGGUCGGUGCGUAUGCUACCGAGGACGUCCAGGUCUACCCCCACUUCUUCCGCUCGGGCCUCCGCAUGGCCUCCGAGUGCCGGAUGGUGACGACGACCGACCACUUUUCGAACCUAAUGGUCUCUUACACGUACGACGUGUACACCCGGACGCCACGGCCGCGGAUCGAGGUCCGCGGCGCGGCCCGCAAUCGUUUUGGCAACGUCCGGUCGUCGUACUUUGACGGCCGGGUUCAGAUCCAGCAUGAUGCCACUGAGAACCUGUACAUCGCCUCGGCGCUCUUCCCACACCCGGGCAACUACGUGCUGCGGUUUGCCGGCGGCGUCCCUCUCGAGCCACCGUCGGGAUGCUGCACACGCCGGCUCACCGACCGUGCGCGCGAGGAGCGCGAGUCGCUCUGGCACCCCAAGCGCAUCCUCAUGGACUACGCGCUGGUGGUGACCGAGGCGGCAGCAACUGGUGACCAGCAGCAGUUUACCGACCUCGAGCGCCUGCGUGGGCGCAAUGGCCUCCUCUUCUCGCCGGUCGAGCAGUAUCUUGUCGCCGGUGCCGUCUUCUUCCGCAUCAAGAUCCCGCACGCCCACGGCGUGGUCGUUCUGCAGGACGAGGGCGCGUCCGAGACCCACCUCAUCAAGGAGAAGCGGGCAUCGUACUCGGCAGACACCUUCCACGCCGACACCUACUCGGGCGACGUGGCCCUGGUUCCCGGCCGGGUCACAGUGGUGGCCUUUAUGCGCGACGACACGCUCGAGGCCGCCAUGAGCUCGUCGCACGGCGGCGGGCGCCGCCGCCGCCAGCGCGCCUCGGGUACAGGCGGCGAGCUGCAAGACAUCCAGCUGCUGGAGUAUGUGGCGGUCGAAGGCGGGACUGGCGUUCAGUCGCCGUCAGGUGGAACCGUUGACGCGCGCCAUGGUCGCGGCCGCCGGCGCAACACGGUCACUGGCGGCAUCGCCGCGCCGCACCCGAGCCAUGGCGCUGCUGGUGCAACGACGGCUCUGGCUGCGUACGAUUUUCUGGACGAGGAGCGCCCAGUCUCGUACUAUGACGAAGACGCCGGGGUCGGCCUCGACACCGUCGACGUGACCAUGCUCGGCUAUGCCGACUUUUCGUCGUCGUAGCCCGUCACCGGUCAAGGGUGUGCAGCGGCGCCGGAUGGGCCGGCACCGCGUUGAGGUGGCGAAGCUCGCCAGUGUCGGGUGUAAACCGCAGAAAGUAGGUGUGCAGCACGCGGUUGAUGCGAUCGGUGAAGUCAGACGGGCCGAGGA